CGCUUUUAACUGCAUUGGUUAAGAGAAUGACUUCGUUGCUCCACUUUAGAAUGCCUGUAAGGGACGAGUUAUGAUUGAGAAACCCACCCAACCGUUGUACAUUGUGGUUAUAAUAUCUAAUUAUUGUUGCUACUAGAGUGAAUAGUGGGUUCUAUAUUGAAAAUUGAGAGGGAGGAUAUCAUACAAGGCUUCAAAAAGAAUCACCUACAAACUGCUAUGAAAGUUUGUAUUAUAUCCGAUGCAUUUAAAAUCGGGAUUUUACUUAAAAUCGAAAAUUGGGGUAAAAUCGGAAUCAUAAAAUCAAUCAUAAAAUGAUAGGAUUUUAAGUAUUAUACAGAAACUAACAUAUAAUAAUAUUAAUAAGGUAAAUUAUUAAUAACACAUACACAUAACCUUUAAAAUGAUAAUUCUCAAUAUUAAUGACCCAAAAUCAUCAUUAUAAUUGUUUAUUUAACGCGUAACUCAAAAUAAUUUACGAGCAAGGGAUAGAACUCAUGGGGUUUGACUCUUGUUUUUCAUGUUGUGUCUAGGUAGUUUUACUUGCAUGUGGCGAAAGCUCGGUUUGGAAUGCAUUCUUGGAAGAGAUAGGGUGACAUAAUAUAAUAUUUUUGUUGCUUAGAACCAUUUUUAUCAAUGAGAAAGCAAACAUGCUCAACUAGAUGAAAUUUGACCAAACGAAGAGUGAUCAAAUUUGAGAUAAUGAACUAAUUUUGGUGAUUACAAAUAAAAUAAAAUAUUUCUUAUGAACAAACUUUUUAAUAAUUCCAUUAACCAACUUUACAAUUUACCAAUUUAUUAAUUUAUCUUUUAGAAAAAAGGAAAAACAGAGAGUCGCCUUCGCUGUUCUCUUCUCUCACUUUCCUGUGUUUGUUUUCUUUCCCUCUCCGUUCAAAUUUCCAUUUCUCGCUCCCCGCAAUUGAAAACUUCACUUUGACAUUUCCGGACUCACCUCCUCUAACGGCUACAUUCCACCCCAUUCCGCGGCCUCCGUUUCUCUCUUCCCCUCUCCCAUCGCCACAACGGAGUAUUUCGAGCAGUUGUGAAUAUGCAGGACAUUUUCGGAUCAGUGCGGCGGUCGCUGGUGUUCAAAUCCACGACCACGACAUCAGUGGACGACGGCGGAGGUGGGUUCAGUGGAUUCGUGGAGAAGAUUGGGUCCAGUAUUCGAAAAUCCCGAAUCGGCCUUUUCACUAAACCCUCCUUCCCUCCGGCGCUUCCUUCGCCUAGUGGUAGAAAGGGCGAUGCAGAUGCACCUUCGAUCCGAUGGAGAAAGGGGGAAUUGAUUGGUUGUGGUGCGUUUGGUAGGGUUUACAUGGGGAUGAAUCUCGAUUCCGGUGAGCUCCUCGCUGUUAAGCAGGUUUUGAUUGCUGCCAACAGUGCUUCCAAGGAGAAAGCCCAGGCUCACGUUAGAGAGCUGGAAGAGGAAGUCAAGCUACUGAAGAACCUUUCCCAUCCCAACAUUGUGAGAUAUUUGGGAACUGUUAGAGAAGACGACUCCCUGAAUAUCCUCUUAGAAUUUGUUCCCGGCGGGUCCAUCUCUUCCCUUUUGGGGAAAUUUGGUUCCUUUCCCGAGUCGGUGAUCAGAAUGUACACUAAACAGCUAUUACUGGGACUGGCAUACCUUCAUAGCAAUGGUAUUAUGCAUAGGGACAUCAAGGGGGCGAACAUUCUUGUAGAUAACAAGGGUUGCAUUAAACUUGCCGACUUCGGAGCUUCCAAGAAAGUUGUUGAACUGGCUACUAUUAAUUGUGCCAAGUCGAUGAAGGGAACUCCAUAUUGGAUGGCACCGGAAGUUAUCCUCCAGACAGGACACAGCUUCUCUGCUGAUAUAUGGAGUGUUGGAUGUACGGUCAUCGAGAUGGCUACAGGAAAGCCCCCAUGGAGCCAGCAAUAUCAAGAGGUUGCUGCUCUCUUUCAUAUUGGGACGACCAAAUCGCACCCCCCAAUUCCUGAACAUCUCUCUGCUCAGGCUAAAGAUUUUCUAUUAAAAUGUUUACAGAAGGAACCAGACUUUAGGGCCACUGCAUCAGAGUUGCUGCUGCAUCCAUUUGUCACUGAGGAUUAUAAUGAAUCUACUUCGCAACUCCGUAGUUCACUCAGGGAAUCAAGAAAUUUGAUGUCGAGCACCAUGAACCUUAGGAACUCCAUGAACCCUUCAAUCAGAAGAUCGACCUGUGGAGGAUUAAAGGAUAUUGGUGACAUGGGUGGCAGUAUGAGAUCCUCAAUAAUAUAUCCUGAGAGCACAUCAGGAUCAGGGUCCUAUUGGCAUGGCACUUCUAAUAUAGAUGAUGAUAUGUGCCAGAUAGAUGAUAAAGACGAUUUCAUGGUUGUUAGGAAAUCAUCGAAGUUCAAGUCUGUCUUUUCGUCUACUGACUUAAAUAAGAGUUUCAAUCCAAUGUGUGAGCCCACUGAUGAUUGGCAAACAAUGUCGCAUGGGAGUUCAGAUAUGAGGGGAAGCGAACUGCAUUCUAGCCAAUUUAUCAAUGAAGUUGCCAGUGCCAGCCUUGCACUAUUCAGCAAGGAAGAAAACGAGUUUGCAUUUCCUUGUGGCCCAUCGGGGACUGAGGAUGAUGAAGAAGUUACAGAGUCGAAAAUCAGGGCCUUCUUGGACGAAAAGGCUUUAGAUCUGAAAAAGCUGCAAACGCCUCUGUACAAGGAGUUCUACAACACAUUGAAUGCUACUGGUCCAACACCAAAAGUAGCCGGAAAGACAAAUAACGAAAAUGUGAGGAGUUCUUCAAUCUCCUUAUUACCCCCUAAAAGCAAGUCUCCCAAACAGCUGCCACCGAGCAGAAGGCUUUCUUCAGUUGUUGUUGAUGCUCCUACUAGCAGUAGUCCUGGUAUGCGUGCAAGUUACAGGGCCAAUGAGAAUGGCACCAUCCACUCUCGAGCUCUGCAGGAAAUCCAACCCCCUCAAAUUAGCGAGUGGAAAAAUGGCAUCCUUAAUGGGGAGCAGCAGGAACCAAUCACUCCCAGCGCAAGCUUCUCUGAGAGGCAAAGAAAGUGGAAGGAAGAGCUUGAUGAAGAGCUCGAAAGGCAGCGAGAGAUGCUGCGUCAAGCUGGUGUGAGCCCGAAGACAUCUUCUCCAAAGGACCGUGUUCUUAAUCGACAAAGAUCAGAACGAAUGAGAUUUCCAUUUUCGGGCAAGUAGAAGCCUUUGUGCACGUUCUUCUUCACUCUGUGUGUAGCUUUUUCUCCAUUCAUGGAGUACUGCUGCUCCUGCUUUUGCAUGUAUGUAGUAAUCUUAAGAAAUGUUGUCCAACGGGGGAUUGGUUGUCGUUGCCUAAUACGAUUAUGGAUUGCAGAAGGCCACAGCAGACUGCUUGCCUCAUUGUCAUUGUGUAAUUUCAGCACAAAGAGCUGGCGGGCAUGGGUGAUAUCUGUAUGCAUUUUUUUCUCUCUACCUUGUUGAGGUGUCUCGAGAUAAAUGCUUGUAAGAUGAUGAUGAUGGGAUCUGGAAAACCAUAUAUAUAUAGAAAAUUGGAUGAAGUUUUUUUUUCUAGUUUUGGAGGUCAACCACCUUCUGUGUUCUAUCUUCCAAAUUGCAUAUUUCACAACCCAUUUUACUGACCUAAUUUAGUGAUGCCCAAAUCAGCAAGCCCUGUAACAAAUGUGCAGCAUUGUCGACAACUCGGCAUUGGAUUGGUAGGCACCAACCCAAAUAAACCGGUUUGUGUACCAUAUUAUAUUGGUGAUUUGAUAAUAUCAUCGUCUAUUGUUAGUCAAUAUUGGUACAAUAUGCACAUAUAUAGAGAAAUUUUGUUGCAGUUAAACUAUCUAACAGUGGUAUAUUAGUUGGUAUUGUCAUUUGAAUAUUCUUUUAAUAUUAAGUUAAUAAAGAUAUCAUAUCGAUUCAGUUAAAAUUGUGUCAUAAAUAUUAUUUCACUAACUUAUUUGAUAUAAUCUGCACAAAUCAUGAAAAAGAAAACACAAAUCUUUCAUAAAACAAGGAAGAAGGAUAUGUUGAUUUGUUUUAGUAAAGUGUUUUUAAUCUUAUAAUACUUUUUUUUAAGAGAUUCUCACAUAUUCUCUUAGACCCUUUAUAAAUUCGAUAUUAUGGAAAAAUGUUGAAGAGGAGGAAAUUAUUGACUAUACUAUUUAUAUUAUGGUUUAUAAAAAAGUAUUCUCCAAUUAAUUAUGACUCUAUGAUUACUAUUUCAUUCUAGUAGUUAUUAUAAUAGUUAGAGAUCUUGUUUAUAAAUACGAUGUAGCCCAAUUUUUCUUAAUGUAAUAUAUCAUUGUGACAUUAUCCAAUUUGAAGUUGUCUUAUGAGACAUAAUUUCUAUGCUAUAGGAGUUAAUUUGAAUCUUUGGAUAUUUACGGACAAAAACAUAAUUAUUUAUUCCAAAACAAUUCUUAGAAAAUACAAAUACUCAUAUGACAGGAGUUAAAUGAAAACACUUAGAAUUUUAAAAUUUGAAGUGGAGUGACUAAACUAAUAUUUUAAUCAAGUUUGAUUAAAUAGCGAAAAAAUAAUAAGUACGCAAGAAGUAUGUCUUACUUCCAUAGCAUGGUAGUCGUGCAUUCACUUCGUAAGCAAAAGGUAGCGAAUUCAAUUUUCGAUGGGAGCUCUGAAAAAAUAAAGGCACUUUCUUUUCAUAGAUAGCUUUAGAGUAACAAAAGGAAGCUUACAACAUAUUGUGUAAUUAGUCGACAAUUAGUAUUUACAUUCAUGCAUUGCACUGUGAAUAUAUAUUUAUCUAUUUAUGUUUAUCUAUCUAUUUAUACUAUACUAUACUAUAUAUUAUAGCAAAACAAAAGUAACUUAUUGCCACAUAGUCACUUGAAGACUUCACAAGUUGCCAAUGUUGACACUUUUAGUACAAACAAAAAAUUGAGCUAAAAAUCUAUUUAUUGAGCUAUCUCUAUACUUUUAAUAUUUUUUCAACAAAUUUGAUUUUUUCUUUUAUCUUCUAUUUUUUCUAUAUUAUAUAUGUGCGCACAGUAUAUAUCCAAAGAUUUCAACUCUUUGGAUUGUUGAAAAAAGAUUUGAAAAUGUU